ACUCGAGCGCGCUGAAGCUGCCCGAGGUGCUCCCGCGGAACUCCGGACUACUCGCCGGGGCAGCAUGGAGAGCGCCUCUCGUCGUUAAGACGGACAGCGGGGAGCAUAGCCGAGCAGUAUGCGCAAAUACCGAGGCGUAUCCUUGUUUGGUUGCCUGGCCUUGACCAUGGCUUUCCUCGUCCUCGCGACGCGGCUCGUCCUCGUGGAGGACGAGGCGGAGAUCGCCGCUAAUGAGGAGGCCGAGGUCUACGGGGCCUACCGAACCGAGGACUCGUACGAGUCCGGGUCUGCUAAAGCGAGCACCAGGAAAACGGAAAAACAGACGCAGCGCUACGUCACACGGUCGCUCGCUGAGCUGGGGAAUCGGGCGCUGAUACCCGAGACGAACGAGCACGUGAUGAUGGUGACGCGGGUGCCGGGCUCCGGCUCGGAGCUCCUCGUAUUGCUGCUCCAGCACCUCCAGGGCUACAACGCCUUCAAGCAUAUAAGACUACCACCCGGCGAUGAGGGGACGCUCAGUAGCCUCCAGCAGGAGCUCUUAGUCGAGGAGAUAACAAGUAUUAUAAGGCAGGAGGCGAUUCCUCUAUCGUUCGACGGUGACGUCCGAUUCUUAAACUUUUCGGCGUUCGGCCGACAAUCGCCAACGUACGUUUCCUUGGUUAGAGAUCCGCUGGACCCCAAGACCUUGGACAGGUUUAAGAGAGGCGAUUCAGUUACAAUUUAUAGAGGCUCGAUAUGUCAUUUCUGCGGACACGAUUCCCGCUGCUCGGAACGAAAUAAUGCCUGGGCGUUGCAGCAAGCCAAAGCUAAUGUACUCAAAUGGUAUCCUAUCGUGGGAAUUUUGGAUCACAUGAACCAAACAGUGAAGAGUUUAGAAGUUAAUUUCCCAUAUUUCUUUGAAGGUGCUUCACUUAUGUACGAAAAAAUUCGACCAAAGAAGAAAAACUUUUUUAAUAAUUCAACAAUAUUAAAGCCGCUAACGAAAAAACACUUGAUGGAUUUUUUGAAACUGGAAGUGGAAUUUUACGAGUGGUUAAAAUCUCGACUUUUAAAUAGUACAUCGGAAAAUGUUUGAAAGCUGCUUUUCCUUAAAAUA